AUGUCGAAAAGAUACCCUGAAAAGACAAGCGGAAUAUCCUUUUGGGCCUUUCUUCUGUUCACUUUCAUCUAUAUUUCCAUAUUUUACAUUUUCGGACUUUCUCCUUUGGCUCUCAUGAACACAACAAAAUUCUGGUUCUUCAUAUCCAAUACUAUCAUUUUGAUUAUUGCAGCGGAUUUUGGAGCUUUUUCUUCGACAGGGAAUAAUGAUUAUUUUGAAGAGUAUGUAAAGAGUACUCAUGUGAGGAUUCCCCCUCUUUUCAAAUUCCAUAACGUAAAGUUGGUGGAGGAAAAAAUUCGUCAGCAAUGGGAGGCAGCUCUGGAUCAUGAGAAGCCACAGGAAACGAUUAAAGACGUAAUUGUUACUCAAAACAGUGAACCCUGUGAGGAAAAGAAAUUACUCGUCAUCACACGCAAAGAUCAUGACGUUAAAAACAUCAAGGAAUAUUCUCACAGUUCGAAACAAGAUCAAGUUAUUGUACCAAAAAUUGAAAACAUUGAAGCUGUGGAAGAAAAGAAGGAGAUGAAAUGCAUCAGAACGAAAUCUGACAAGCUAAUCUUGGCUGCAAAUGAUGAGAAAAGAAUCCAGAGGUCACAAUCUGAGAGAUAUGAUUACGACAGCAAUCUUGAAAAAAAGAUAGAAGAUCAGAACGAGUUCUCAACCUUGUCUGAUGAAGAAUUGAACCAAAGAGUUGAGGAAUUUAUCAAAAGAUUUAACAGGCAAAUUAGGCUUCAAGCUACAAGGGACCGCCAAACUAGUCUUUUCCAUGAAGUUUAG